AUGUUCAUUAACAAGACAUGAUUCACAAACAUUAACAUGAUGUUUAAAACAAAAUAAAGUGGACACUUGGCGUUGUGGACAUUUGCAAAGGCCCAUUAUUUAGUUGAAGAAAAAAGAAAAAAGAUACAUAAUUUAGAACCUACUUGAUUGAUGCGUUGUUGUUGGAUCGAAAUGAGUAUUUAUUGGAUUGAUAAUAAACCAAUGAGAAUACUUGAUAGAAAAUUUUAAGAAAAAAAAAUUAUAAAAGUUAUUAAAUUUUAUUUUUAAAAUAAUUUUUAACAAUAAAAAAAGAUCCAAUCGUAUAAAAUCAUCAAUAAAAGUCGAUGACUCAUCGUAAGUAACAACGACAGAUUAACACGUCGAUAUAUCUAUCUACGAUUGGUCUUAGUUCUUCAAUAAAUUAUCAACGUUUUUAAAGUUCAAACGUUGCUCAAGAAGCCAAAAUUCAAAUGGCAUUGGAAAUAACUCGUUUUUGGUUAAAAGAAGUAUGCAUUAAACGUUGGUAUAUAUUUCCAUUUAUUGCUUAUUCAAUAUUCGUUCAUAAACAUGAAAAUCUUCGACAAGAUUAUUUUCGUAAUCGAAGCCAAUUAGUUGGUGGAAUGAAAGAACCCAACUGGUAA